CAGAAAUUGAUCCCGAAACCAUACUAACCACGAAACCAGAACUUGACGAGUUCAUAGAAGGAGCAGUCAAUAUUACUAAUACAUUAUCAUCUUUCGUCCCAAUACUUGGCAGUGUCACCUCAUUAAUAAAUGAUAUAUUUAUAAUUCAUGAUAGUGCGCAAUUCAACAAGAAAAUGCCCAGAUAUAUAAUUAGCCGCAUCGCAUCCGUUGAACCAAUUAUAAAGUUCUUGAAAUUGCCAUCCAAAUAUAGCGAAAAACUUCAAGACCUGCAAUAUCAAGAGUCAUUUGUAAAAUUUCAAGCUAUUUUGAAAAAGGUUAAAAUGUUUGCAGAAAAAGUAACACAGCUAAGAGUCUAUGAGACAUUUUUACGUGCUAUAUGCAUAAAGAAGGAGUUUAUCGAACUAAUGAAAGAAUAUGACGCUUGUAUGAACGAUUUGAAUUUUACAAUGACAAUCGUUUUUAAUGAACAACAGAGAAUUGAUAAUGAUAUUUUGAUGCAAACUUUCACUGAAAUGAUUAAG